AUGGCUUUCCGUGGCUUGCUGCCGAUCAUGGUGGCGGUCAUGAAAGUGCAGGGCGGUUUUUCCGCUUCAUGUGAAGACUCAUCUUGCAAUGCCCCCCACGAUCAAGGAACUUGGAGGCUUCCAGAGCAGGAGCUGGCAGAUGAGCUUGCAGUGUUGCAAGCAAAGGUGGAAAGGUGGUCUCCGCCCUUCGGCAUACCUGCAAACAAGUUCGGCAAGCAUGGCAACAAGCCUGCGAGCAAGAACGGAAAGCCUGCGAACAAGAAAGGCAAGCCUUCGUUCAAGUUCCCUCGUUUCAAGCCAAGACACCUCUCAGACGAGGAACGCAAGGAACGGUCAGACAGAAUGAAUCGUCUGAAGAAUGGCUUUGCCAGUGCGGCCAAAAAGGCUAUGGAGGCCCGCAUUAGGCAGAAGCAAUACGAAGAGGAGAUGAUACGGAGGGCGAUUGCGGAAGCGAGGAAGGCGAAGCCGCUGUGGAUUUCAGCACCCGCCAACAAGCCGUGCAGUGAAGCUUGUAGUGAGCACGAUGACGAGUGGAACGAGUUCCACUGCGGCAAGGAAGAGAUGGCUUUUAUCAACUCUGCCGAAAAACUUCAAGCUCUGAUCACGUACAUGGGCAUCAAUUGCACGGAUCCACCCGAUGAUGAGCCUUUCAGAAGUGGUGGGGGGGCCCCUUUCACCAGGGAUGAUGACACUGAAGGUAACCAGAAGAAUGAUUGCUACUACUUUGACCCAACCAAAACUGCGGAAGAUGUAGACUGCGACGCAGUGGAGUUUGAUCAUCGAAAACCUCUUUGCUACUGCGUGCCUGAACCACCAGCUGCGCAAGGGGAGGAGGAGGAGGAAAUCCCUGGAUCCGAAGAAGACGGCAAUGCUGAAGAGCCCGAAGAAGACGAGGAGCCCGAAGAAGACGAAGAGCCCGAAGAAGACGAAGAGCCCGAAGAUUUCGGCAAUGCUGAAGAGCCCGAAGAAGACGAAGAGGCCCCAGACUUCGGCAAUGCGGAGGAGUCGGAAAAAGACGGCAGUGCAGAAGCGAAGGCUUGGCUGCUCGCAGCGACCUCAGAAUUCAACGUUGCACAACCCACCCCAGAUCUAGUGGUCAUCGUCGUCGGCGGUGGCCUUGCAGGCAUGUCUGCAGCCAACACCGUGGUGGAGAACGGCGGCCGAACGCUGCUGCUGGAGAAAGAUCCGGAAGGCGGUCCCUUCCCGGCGUACCCGUCGGGCAAGACCUGGGAUGAGCCGAGUGGCAAGACUGGCAGCGGCAAGAAGUUCUUCCACAACAUCAUCGAUGGCUCCAAGGUUCCCACAGAGCCUUUCUACGUGGCCAUCAUCACCCCGGUGAUCCACUACUGCAUGGGAGGCCUGGAGUGCACCACAGAGGCGGAGUGCAUCGACAAGUCUGGGAAGCCGAUCCCAGGUCUUUACGUGGCUGGCGAAGCAGCUGGAGGAAUCCACGGCAACAAUCGCCUCGGUGGCAACUCUUUGUUGGAUUGCGUGGUCUUCGGCCGCGUCGCCGGUAAGGCGGCCUGCAAGUACACUUUUGGAGCGGCAGACAAGUUCAAGCCGUGCCCCACUCCUGGUGAGAUCAAAGACCUCACAAAGUGA